AUGCCAUUUCUUUUUCUUUUCUUCCUGCUUGUUAAGUGCAACCUGUCAGUGUUCACAGCUGUAUUGCUUGUAACUUGGGCCUUCAAACGGAAUGGUAUUCGCUUUGUCAGUCAUGCAAGUGUGGCCAGCAUCAUUGGUUUGGUUGUUGGUGCAGUUAUCCGUUAUGCUGGGGGUCCAUCAUCAGAGCAUCACCCACCCCGGGCAAAGCUUGUCAAUUCAACUCUGUCUGCUGAACACAUUCCAAAUUCUAUAUACUUGGAAUUGCCUAUACCAAACAAAACACAUACACAGACUUUACAAUAUAACUUCUAUAGUAAAGUGAAGACUGCUACACAAGGUGUGCCUUUAGAGAGAACUGUAACUUUCGACCCAGAACUCUUCUUCAAUGUUCUGCUACCAGUUAUUAUAUUCAAUGCUGGGUACAGUAUGAAAAGGAAACAUUUUUUCCGCAAUCUUGGAGCUGUCAUGACAUAUGCUUUUGCUGGUACAACAAUAUCCAGUAUGGUUGUUGGAGGUAUCCUGUAUGGCUUGACCCGAUUAAUGGCAAUUAGUAACAUCUUCCAGCUGACAGAUUGUUUCUUUUUUGGAGCAGUCAUAUCAGCCACAGAUCCAGUGACAGUGUUGGCCAUUUUCCAUGAUCUCAAUGUCGAUGUAGAUUUAUAUGCUCUCGUGUUUGGUGAGAGUGUUCUAAAUGAUGCUGUGGCCAUUGUUUUAUCUGGAGCUGUUGAAGAAUAUGCAAGCAUAGCAGAGAAGGGAGGUUACCAGGCGAAUGCAUUCUUUAAUUCCAUGGCUGCAGAAGCUGCAGGUUUAACAGGUAUUGUUGCUGUCUUAUUCUGUGGAAUCACGCAAGCACAUUAUACCUAUAACAAUUUGUCUCCAGAAUCAAAAGCACGAACUAAACAGCUGUUUGAAUUAUGUAACUUUUUGGCUGAGAAUUUUGUAUUCCUCUACAUUGGAGUCUCAGUUUUCACGUUCCAAGGCAUGAAAUGGCAUGCUGCUUUUAUAUUUUCAGCAUUUUUUGCAAUAUUUGUAGCAAGGUUUUUUAAUGUUUAUCCUUUGUCCCUUUUAUUAAAUUUGGGACGGAAAAACAAGAUCAAAUUUUCUUUCCAGCACAUGAUGAUGUUUGCUGGGUUGAGAGGUGCUAUAGCCUUUGCGCUGUCAAUUCGAAACACAUCGACAGAAGCCCGGCAACACAUGGUGUCAGCCACCAUGAUGAUUGUAUUGGUGACAGUGAUUCUCUGUGGUGGAAUGACUACACCUAUGUUGCAAUGGCUUAAAAUUAGAGUUGGAGUUGAUGAAGAACAUGAACAACCUUUUGAACCCGUUAGAACUCAUUGUCAAUCCUUAUUGAUCAUUUUGUCACUUCACGCCCACAACCCUCUCCUUCCACUUUCUUGCUCCACAACACAUUUGUCUUUUUUUUUUCUUUUGUUUUUUUUUUAG